AUGGAUUGCUUGGAUGAACUUAAACGUGUUAACAUUAAAAAAACUCAGAAAGACUAUCGUUUGCUACGAAAGUAUGAAAUCCUUGCGGUCACAGUUGAAGGUAUCACCGUUAAAAAAUUGCAGAAAAAGGAAACUCAUCUUAGAUUGCUAUGUGCUGAAGAUGUGUUCGAUGUGAUCGAUGCUAUUCAUCGUGCAAGUGGACAUGGAGGUAGAACUAUUGUCUUUAGGGAAACAAGUGAAAAAUAUGCCAAUAUUUCAAGAUCCCAAAUUGAGUUAUAUUUACAGUUCUGUGAGGAGUGUCAUCUGAAAAAAAGCACUGUAUGCAAGUCUGUGACUGUGAAGCCAAUUGUAUCCAAAAUUAACAGCAUGAACUCACGAGCUCAGCUUGUCAAGGAAGUUCUGAUGAUGUGGCCAGAGCGCAAGAUGGUUCAUGUCAAACCACGGCAUUCCCAAUCGCAGGGCUCGGUGGAACGUGCCAACAGGGAUCUUGAAGCAAUUCUCGCAUGUUGGAUGAAGGACAACAACUCUACACAAUGGUCACAGGGACUGCGCUUUGUCCAGUGUAAGAAAAAUACCCGCUUUCACUCCGGAAUUGGAAGGACACUAUAUGAGGCCCUGUAUGGACAGAAGGCUCGUCUUGGAGUUGACGCAACUUCUGUACCAGAGGAAGUCCUGAACAGUGUGCAGACGGAGGAGUAG